GCCAGUGCUGACAUGCCUGAGGCAAAACCAGCGGCCGCCAAAAAGGCCCCCAAAGGCAAAGAGGCUGCCAAACCAGCUCCCAAGGAAGAGGCCCCCAAGGAGGCCCCCGAAGAGCUCCCCAAAGAAGCCCCGCCUGAGGACCAGUCCCCCACUGCCGAAGAGCCCACCGGCGUGUUCCUGAAGAAGCCGGACUCUGUGUCGGUGGAGGCUGGAAAGGAUGCAGUGAUUGUGGCCAAAAUCAACGGGAAGGAGCUCCCAGGCAAACCCACCAUCAAGUGGUUCAAGGGGAAGUGGCUGGAGCUGGGCAGCAAGAGCGGGGCCCGGUUCACCUUCAAGGAGUCUCACGACUCUGCCAGCAAUGUAUACACCUUGGAGCUGAGAAUUGGGAAGGUGAUACUGGGGGACCGUGGGGAUUACCGUCUCGAAGUCAAAGCCAAGGACGUCUGUGACAGCUGUGGCUUCAACAUCGAUGUGGAGGCACACCGUGAGGACACCUCUGGACAGGGUCUAGAAAGCUUCAGGCGCUCGGAUGAAGGGAAGUCAGAAGACGCGGGUGAGCUGGACUUCAGCAGCCUGUUGAAGAAGAGGGAGGUGGUUGAGGAGGAGAAAAAGAAGAAGAAGGAUGAAGACGACCUCGGCAUCCCACCUGAGAUCUGGGAACUCCUCAAAGGAGCCACCAAGAAGAGCGAGUAUGAGAAGAUCGCCUUCCAGUACGGCAUCACCGACCUCCGGGGCAUGCUCAAGCGGCUCAAGAAGGCCAAGGUCGAGGUCAAGAAGAGUGCAGCCUUCACAAAGAAGCUGGACCCCGCUUACCAAGUGGACAGGGGCAACAAGGUCAAGUUGGUGGUGGAGAUCAGCGACCCAGACCUUCCCCUCAAGUGGUACAAGAACGGCCAGGAGAUCAAGCCGAGCAGCAAGUACGUGUUUGAGAAUGUUGGUAAGAAGCGAAUUCUCACCAUCAACAAGUGCACGCUGGCGGAUGAUUCUGCUUAUGAGGUCGCCGUCAAGGACGAGAAGUGUUUCACUGAGCUCUUUGUCAAAGAACCUCCAGUCCUGAUUGUCAAGCCCCUUGAGGACCAGCAGGUGUAUGUGGGUGACCGGGUAGAAAUGGCAGUGGAGGUGUCAGAAGAGGGCGCCCAGCUCAUGUGGAUGAAAGAUGGGGUGGAGAUAACCCGGGAGGACUCCUACAAGGCCCGGUACCGCUUCAAGAAGGACGGCAAGCGCCACAUACUCAUCUACUCGGACGUGUCCCUGGAGGACAGCGGUCGCUUCCAGGUCAUGACCAACGGCGGCCAGUGCGAGGCUGAGCUCAUCGUGGAAGAGAAGCAGCUGGAGGUGCUGCAGGACAUCGCGGACCUGACAGUGAAGGCCUCCGACCAGGCCGUGUUCAAGUGCGAGGUGUCAGACGAGAAGGUGACCGGCAAGUGGUACAAGAAUGGGGUGGAGGUGCGGCCAAGCAAGCGGAUCACCAUCUCCCACGUGGGGAGGAUCCACAAGCUGGUGAUCGAUGACGUGCGACCCGAGGAUGAGGCUGAUUACACAUUUGUGCCCGACGGCUACGCCCUGUCCCUCUCGGCCAAGCUCAACUUCCUGGAAAUCAAGGUGGAGUAUGUCCCUAAGCAAGAGCCACCGAAGAUACACCUGGAUUGCUCGGGAAAGGCCACCGAGAAUUCUAUUGUGGUUGUGGCUGGAAACAAGCUGAGGCUGGACGUGGCCAUCACAGGGGAACCCCCUCCGGUCGCCACCUGGCUGAGGGGAGAUGAGGUGUUCUCUGCCACCGAGGGCAGGACCCACAUAGAGCAGCGGCUGGAGACCAGCAGCUUCGUGAUCGAGAGCGCCGAGCGGGGGGAUGAGGGCCGCUACACCAUCAAGGUCACCAACCCUGCCGGCGAGGACGUGGCCUCCCUCUUCCUGAAGGUUGUGGACGUCCCGGACCCCCCGGAGAACGUGCGCGUCACCUCGGUGGGAGAGGACUGGGCCAUCCUUGUCUGGGAGCCGCCCAAGUACGACGGGGGGCAGCCUGUCACAGGGUACCUCGUGGAGCGGAAGAAGAAAGGCUCUCAGCGCUGGAUGAAGCUGAACUUUGAGGUGUUCACGGAGACCACCUACGAGGCCACCAAGAUGAUCGAGGGCGUCCUCUACGAGAUGCGCGUCUUCGCCGUCAACGCCAUCGGCGUCUCGCAGCCCAGCGUCAACAGCCAGCCCUUCAUGCCCAUCGCACCGACCAGCAGGCCCCAGCACCUGACGGUGGAGGACGUGACGGACACCACCACCACCCUCAAGUGGAGGCCCCCGGACAGGAUCGGGGCGGGCGGCAUCGAUGGCUACCUGGUGGAGUACUGCCUGGAGGGCUCCGAGGAGUGGCUUCCCGCGAACACGGAGCCCGUGGAGCGCUGCGGCUUCACCGUCAAGAACCUCCCCACCGGAGCGAGAAUCACCUUCCGCGUCGUUGGGGUCAACAUCGCGGGGCGCAGCGAGCCGGCCACGCUGGCCCAGCCCGUCACCAUCCGGGAGAUUGUGGAGCAACCCAAGAUCCGCCUCCCCCGCCACCUGCGCCAGACUUACAUCCGCCAAGUCGGGGAGCCCAUCAACCUCGUGGUCCCCUUCCAGGGGAAGCCCCGGCCGCAGGUGGUGUGGACCAAGGCGGGCGCGCCCCUGGACGCGAGCCGCGUGCACGUGCGGACCACAGACCUGGACACCGUGUUCUUCGUGCGCCAGGCCGCGCGCGCCGACUCGGGCGAGUACGAGCUGAGCGUGCAGAUCGAGAACAUGAAGGACGAGGCCACCAUCCGCAUCCGCGUCGUGGAGAAAGCGGGCCCGGCCGAGAACGUGAUGGUGAAGGAGGUGUGGGGCACCAAUGCGCUGGUGGAGUGGCAGCCCCCCAGGGAUGACGGCAACAGCGAGGUCACCGGGUAUUUCAUCCAGAAAGCCGACAAGAAAACCAUGGAGUGGUUCAACGUCUACGAACACAACCGGCCCACCCACUGCACCGUGUCUGACCUCAUUGUGGGCAACGAGUACUACUUCCGCGUCUUCAGCGAGAACAUCUGCGGGCUCAGCGACACCCCUGGGGUCUCCAAGAACACGGCCAAGAUCCUCAAGACAGAUCUGUCCUUCAAACCCCUGGCCUACAAGGAGCACGACUUCCGGACGCCUCCCAAGUUCCUGACGCCGCUGCCAGACCGGGUGGUGGUGGCUGGCUACUCUGCUGCUCUCAACUGCGCCGUCAGGGGCCACCCAAGGCCCAAGGUGGUCUGGAUGAAGAACAAGAUGGAAAUCCGGGAGGACCCCAAGUACCUGAUGACCAACCACCAGGGGGUCCUGACGCUGAGCAUCCGCCGCCCCUCCCCGUUCGACUCGGGGACUUACUCCUGCCGGGCGGUCAACGAGCUGGGGGAGGCGCUGGCCGAGUGCAGGCUGGACGUCAAAGUGCCGACGUGAAACACUCCCAUCUGCGUGAUAACUGGCUGCC